UGGAUGGACCGUCAUUUUUCAUAGAUUUGCUAACUCGAAUAAUUUCGUAGUCGCGAAAUAUUGUGAAUGAAAAUGAAUUUGCUUUAAGGAAUACACUAAACGCGUGCGUAAUAAAACAACUGACUAUGUCGAUUAUUUUGUAAACAUCUAAAUUUUCCUCUCGACAGUACAGAGGCAAACAUUGAGAAGACUUUGGAGUAAAUUAUCUUCGGGUAACACAUUACAUCAUUGAUUUUGGACGUUAAUGCUCAUAACACACCGAUGAGAUAUGCGGCAUCAAGUUAGGCCAAAUCUUCGGCGAGUCUCUCUGUUUGAUCCAUCUAUCGCUACGAGCUACAAUAUUUGUCCAUAUUCGAGAGAUGUCUGCAGUAGAGGCAACACCGUUCAUCCGCACUAUCGAGUGGGACAUGAUGGACAAGACGAAAUUCUUCCCGCUCAGCAUGCUGUCCUCGUUCUCGGUCAGGUGUUGCUUGUAUCCCCUGACAGUGAUCAAGACUCGCCUCCAAGUGCAAAGACAAAAUCACAUGUACAAUGGUAUGAUAGAUGCGUAUAGAAAAAUUUAUAAAGUGGAAGGCUUCUCAGGCCUUUAUCGAGGCUUCUGGAUAAGCUCCAUUCAAAUUGUCUCUGGUGUAUUUUAUGUAUCAACCUAUGAAGGAGUACGUCAUUUGCUUGGACAAGAUACACCCCUUGGACGCGUUGACUCCAAGGUGAAAGCGUUGAUUGCUGGUGGUGCUGCCAGUUUAGUUGGGCAAACGAUAGUCGUUCCUUUCGAUGUUCUCAGUCAGCAUCUAAUGGUUCUCGGCAUAAAUAGCACCAAGCACGGCAGGGUGUACGUAGAUAAAAUGGGAAUGAAUCCCUUAGGCCUGACCCUUGAAUCUGGAAAGACUCGCGCACAAAUCUCCGCGGAAAUAAUAAAAUUGAUUUAUCAGAGAGAUGGUUAUCGUGGCUUCUAUCGAGGGUACAUGGCAUCCUUGUGUGCGUAUGUACCUAACAGUGCCCUUUGGUGGGGAUUGUAUACGGUUUAUCAAGAUGAGCUUAUAAAGCUACUUCCGAAUUGGUUCUCGCACUUGUGUAUACAGGCGAUUGCGGGCACAUUGGGUGGUUUUACGACCACGAUCAUUACGAAUCCCUUGGACAUUGUGAGAGCGAGAUUGCAAGUGCAACGAUUAGACAGUAUGCUCAGUGCGUUUAGGAUAUUGUGGAUCGAGGAAGGACUGCAUAUGUUUAGUAAAGGACUCUCUGCGAGACUCGUCCAAUCUGCCUGCUUUAGUUUUUCGAUAAUUCUAGGUUACGAAACUAUCAAGAGAGUGAGCAUAACCGAAGAGUACAAGAGUUAUGUUCGAUGGUGAACUUCACAGGUACUACUACAAUUAAUUUUACGCGAACAGAGUCGUGCAUGGGUUUCAUCCGUGAUUUUUUCGCCUGCAACGCGCCUUUUAAUGUGUAUCACUUUUCAAGGAAAAGACCGUCAUAAUUUAAUCGAUACAUCAUUGAUAAUGAAGAAAUAUUUCUAUAGCUUCUUCUAAAAAAGCUAAAUUAAUUUUCUUCUA